AUGGCAAGUGAGCAAGAUAUUGAUCCUAAUGAGGAGUAUGGUGUUAGUGAUGAUAGUGAUGAUGGCUAUAUGAUGAUGAAGAAGAGACUUUUGAUGAUGUUGUUGUGCGGCAAGGACAUUAGAUUUCUGAGGAAGCUAGGGAUUGAUUGGGAGCGUAAUGUUUUGCAUAUCAAAGUUGGUAGCACUGUGAAAGAGAUUGUUGGGAUAGACAAUAAUGAUACUCCAUUGAUUAACGCUUUGGAGUUAGUGACAUGCACACAUGAGAUAGCUGAUUCUGUGGUGUACCUGUUUCUUUCUAAUAUAAUCAUAUCCGAUUUGGAGUACAUUUGUGGGCAUAGGGCUUGGAUGGAUUCCAUUCAGGAGGAGUUCCAUAACGUAUUUCUAGAUGAGUUGCCUAAUGGUUUACCUCUCGACUGUGGAAUUCAGCAUGAAAUUGACUUGGUACCUAAAGCUACUCCUUAUCCACGACAACCGACUCAUACUAGUCCUGCUGAAGAUGAGGAGAUUAAUAGGGUUGGAAAGUUUCAUGUUACCUCAAGGAACUUUAGCUGCACCACCACCACUACCUCCUCCACCACCACAUGGCAAUACUGUUGUGCCACCUCCACCGCCACCACCUCCUCUUCCACAAGCUGCAAGGCCUCUAGCUCAUCACUGCUGCCGCCGCUGCCUCCACUGGGAAUGCAAGGCACUCCUCCGCCUCCACCUCCACCUUUGAAAGGACAGCCUCCACCUCCGCCACCUCCUCCCGGAUCAGCAGUAAGAUCUUCUCCACUGCCACUGCCGCCUCCUCUCAGUGUGAAGUCACCAUUGCCUGGUGUACCACCUCCUCCGCCACCUGCAUUGGGGAGAGGACGAGGUAGUAGUCCUUUGACACCUUCGCCUCCUGGUGGUCGAAGCCGAGGACAGGUUGCUGGUGCUUUGGGUCUGGCAUCUGCUACACCGAAGAAGACCUCUCUGAAGCCAUACCACUGGGUAAAGGUUACAUGGGCUAUGCAGGGCAGUCUAUGGGCGGACAGUCAGAAGCAGGAAGAGCAGUCAAGGUGUGUUGAAUUUGACAUGAAUGAGCUAGGGAGCCUCUUCUCGGCCGCUGUUCUGAAUGCUGCUGCGGGUGGUGACAGAGCGGGUGGUUGUCGUGCAUCUCUAGUUCCCAAGCAGGAAAAAGUGCUCCUGAUUGAACAUAGACGAGCGUACAAUUGUGAGAUAAUGCUGACAAAAGUGAAGAUGCCACUGCCAGAAGUUGUUGUAAGUGCACUCAGAAAGCAAUACUAUGGGACAGUACUGGAUGUAGAUCAGGUUGAUAAUCUGAUCAAGUUUUGUCCAACAAAGGAGGAGAUGGAAACGCUCAAGAACUACACAGGCGAUAAAGAAUGCCUGGGCAAAUGUGAGCAGUGUUUCCUGGAGAUGAUGAAAGUUCCUAAGGUAGAGUCCAUUUCUUUUAAACUUCAGUUCACCUCGCAGGUGUCAGAUUUACGAGAAAAUCUGGUAGUAGUCAAUGAAGCUUCAACAGAGUCUCCUAAGCUUGAAAGAGUGAUGCAAACGGUUCUGUCCCUGGGAAAUGCGUUAAACCAAGGAACUGCUAGAGGGGUGGCGAUUGGAUUCAGACUCGAUAGUCUACUUAAGCUGAAAGAAACUCGAGCUCAUAAUUCUAGAACUACGUUAUUACAUUAUGUGUAAAGUAAGAUUGCAUCCGAGAAAGUGCCCGAAAUACUUGAUUUCGACAAGGAAUUGCUUCACCUUAAGGCAGCCACCAAGAUUCAAUUGAAGGCUCUUGCAGAAGAAAUGCAAGUCGUAAGCAAAGGCCUGGAAAAGGUUGAGCAGGAAUUGACAGCGUCUGAAAACGAUGGAGCCAUCUCUGAUGGGUUUCGAAAGAGCUUGAAGAGUUUCCUUGAUAUGGCGGAGGCGGAGGUGAGAACACUGGCGUCUUUGUACUCUGAAGUGGGCUGCAAUGCCGAUUCCUUGGCGCACUACUUCAAUGAGGAUCCCACUCGCUGUCCAUUUCAGCAAGUGGUGUCGAUCAUUUUUAAUUUCAUCAUGAUGUUCAAGCGUGCAUUGGAAGAGAACAGCAAGCUAGUGGAGAUGGAAAGGAAGAAAGCCAAGGAGGCCGACAAAGACAAGGUUCUCCCACAGAGAAGAGAGCUGGAUGGGCUACUGGCACCCCAGUGA